CAGUGACGGGGAGCAGAGAGGAACGUUCCAACAGCGCACUUUAACUGAAAAUAAGCUUCCCUGCAAAAUAACACGCCGGUAACAGAUGACAUCAUCGAAUGAACAAGCCAAUGGGCACCCUUCUCUCUUGCCAAGUAUCCCGCUCCGGUAAUGGUUAAAGGUCUACCACUGAAAUGAAAAAUGGCAGCCCUUUGUCCUCCACCAUCUCCCGCCGUAGCCAAGACUCUGAUAAGUAUUGAUGGUUACUCGCCCAUUUUAGCUGCUACCUUUGCUUAUUGGGACAACAUUUUAGGACCUCGAGUGAGGCAUAUCUGGGCCCCAAAAACAGAUGAAGUUGUGCUGAGCGAUGGAGAGGUUACAUUUCUGGCAAAUCACACGUUAAAUGGCGAGAUCUUGAGGAAUGCAGAAAGUGGGGCAAUUGAUGUGAAAUUCUUUGUACUUGCAGAAAAGGGAGUGAUCAUUGUGUCUCUUAUUUUUGAUGGAAACUGGAAUGGUGAUCGGAGUACUUACGGGCUCUCUAUCAUUCUGCCACAAAGUGAACUAUGCUUCUACCUGCCUCUACACAGGGUCUGUGUGGCCCGUCUUACACACAUCAUCAGGAAGGGGCGCAUAUGGAUGCACAAAGGCCAGAGCAUCAUUUCCAUGCUGACUGGAGAAGUUAUCCCCAUUAUGGAGCUGCUGUCAUCUAUGAAGUCACAUGGUGUUCCUGAAGAAAUAGAUAUUGCUAGUACCGUCCUUAAUGAUGAUGACAUUGGUGACAGCUGUCACGAAGGCUUCCUAAGCAAUGCCAUCAGCUCCCAUCUGCAGACUUGCGGCUGCUCGGUGGUGGUGGGAAGCAGUGCAGAAAAAGUAAAUAAGAUGGUAAGGACGCUGUGCCUAUUUCUUUCUCCCGCAGAGCGUAAAUGCUCUCGACUGUGUAGAUCUGAGUCAUCAUUCAAGUAUGAAUCCGGUCUCUUCGUGCAAGGCCUGCUUAAGGAUGCAACCGGAAGCUUUGUUCUGCCUUUCCGCCAGGUGAUGUAUGCUCCGUACCCUGCUACACAUAUUGAUGUUGAUGUCAACACCGUAAAACAGAUGCCCCCUUGCCAUGAACAUACCUAUAAUCAGCGUCGAUACAUGAGGGCAGAACUGGCAGCCUUGUGGAAGGCCACUUCAGAUGAAGAAAUGGCAGGAGAUUCAGUCAUACACACAGAUGAAAGCUUCACCCCUAACCUGAAUAUUUUCCAAGAUAUUCUACACAGAGACACAUUUGUGAACAACUUUUUGGAACAGAUAUUCCAGUUGAAACCAAACCUUUCCCUAAGAAGCACGUUUUUGGCUCAGUUUAUGCUGAUUCUUCAUCGGAAGGCACUAACACUAAUAAAAUACAUUGAAGAUGACACACAAAAAGGUAAGAAAGUCUUCAAGUCCCUCCGUAACCUAAAGACAGAUCUGGAUCUGACAGCAGAGGGCGAUCUCAACAUUGUUAUGUCUUUAGCUGAAAAGAUCAAACCAGGCCUUCACUCGUUUAUUUUUGGGAAACCUUUUCACACCAGUGUACAAGAGCGGGAUGUGCUAAUGACUUUUUAGCUGCGGAUCACCGAGCACCUGGAACUGUCGGAAGCUUUCAUGUGGAUGUACUCGCUCACCAUUACAGGGAUUGCUGGGAAAUCUGGGGCAGUGUUGAGUUAUGAUGUCUAUUUUUAAGUUGUACUUUGAAGUAUACCUCAUGUCUGCCUUACAAGCACGUUGCUUUGUGUUCAUGGUUAAGAGAAUAUACCGCAUGUGUUUUGUCUUACACUGGUAUCUUAAUAUCUCUUCCUAAUCCUAUGUAUUUAUGGAAAAUGUUUAGUCAAUAAGACAUUCAGUGGAAGCAUUGACAACUAUCAGAAAUUCAGGCUUAAUAAGACAUGUUGUGCAUUAAUACAUAAUAAGCCCUGGAUUUAACAUUCCUCUAGACGUUAUUGAUGGAAUGUACAAACUAUACCCCUAGACUCCUGUACAAAAGUGUCCAUGCUGGGAAAUGUCAUAUCCCAGUCAAAAAUGACACAUACGCUUCUGUCAUAUGUAUAAAGGGAGUUAAGACUCUUCUGACAAAAAUAUUUUCAAAGAAUCCUUUGCUUUUGAACUCUAUUUCACAGUUAAACUACAUCAAGGGUGAGUAACUUUGUAAAUGCUUUACAUAUACUGAUUGUGACAUUCUCUUCACAGUUUACAUGCAGUGUGAGAUGCAGUGAAAUUGUUCUGGUUUAUUUUUGGAAUCUAUAUACAGUUUUAUCUGCUGACGUGAGGUUUCGACCCUUACAUAGUGAGGGGUCUUUCUCAAGAAUGGUUACUUCCCCAAACAUACUGGAUAUCUAUAGCACAUUGCCACCAAUUCAGUUACAAUAGCCAUGUACAAUGUAGGGUGAUUAUAUCUGUCAAAACAUUACUUUGCUUUGUAUUGUACUAUGCUGUGUAUGCCCGAUCACGUCAAUCCAACUCAAGUCACAUGCAUCCGUCAGCUCUUUAAAGCAAUGCUGUUCCAGUACUAUUUGUUAUGUCUGUGUAACAUGUCAACACGUUUGUUAUAAAUGACAGUAGCUCUUUUACAAAGUGUUUCCUUUUCUGUCAAUAAUUUUGUCUGCAGAUUUUGUAGCAGGCCAGUGUGUUUGCUUUUACGUAGUAGCAUUAUAGCAACUUCUCGUUCACCUGAUUUUCUCUCCAAAGUCCUGAAAUAUACUGGUGAAUUUACCCCAGCUUGUGUGCACCUUUUUGUAGCAACAUUCUACAGUAAUUUAUGAGUUUCCUGUGCAAAUGUAUUUAAUAUGUUUAUGCCAUUAAAAUAAAAUAUAUAAAACCCUA